AUGCCGGUCGUUAAAUCAGCCUACGAUCCCAAAGAUAUGCAGUUUCGCCACCUAGGGCCCACGGGUUUGAAGGUGAGUGUGCUGUCUUUGGGCGGGUGGUUGACCUAUGGAGGUACGGAGAAGGGCGAAAUUGUGAAGAAAUGCCUCGAAACGGCCUGGAACCAUGGUAUCAAUACGUUCGACACGGCAGAAACUUAUGCUUCGGGUGAAUUCGAGGUUGAGAUGGGCCAGGCCCUAAAGGAGCUUGGAUGGUCUCGUGAUGAAUACGUCCUAACUACUAAGAUAUUCUUCGGUACCGGUCGCAAGGAACCCAACACCCGUGGUUUGAGCAAGAAGCACAUAGUCGAGGGUUUGAAAAGCUCACUUGAACGGCUACAACAGCCAUAUGUUGAUGUUGUCUUUGCCCAUCGCGCCGAUUUUGCUACGCCAAUGAAGGAGGUCGUAGAGGGUUUCACUCAAGUCAUUCGAAAUCUCAACCUUGCCUAUUAUUGGGGAACUUCGGAGUGGAGCGCUACCCAGAUUAUGGAGGCUACUCAGAUUGCAGAGCGAUAUAACCUCAUCGCGCCAGUCGUCGAGCAGCCGCAAUACAACGCCUUCCAUCGCCAGCGUUUCGAGGUUGAGUACGCACCACUAUACGACCAGUUCAAAUACGGCACCACUAUUUGGUCCCCACUAGCAUCUGGUCUGUUGACCGGGAAGUAUAAUAACGGCAUCCCCGAAGGAUCACGUUUCGCCAAACACGGGGAGUUCUUUGAUAAUACCAUCAAGUCGCUUCAGAGUGAGGAAGGCAAGGCUAAGAUCGAGAAGGUCAAGAAGUUGACAACGGUCGCUGAGCGUCUUGGCUCGAAUACGGCAUCGCUGGCAUUGGCAUGGACACUAAAAAAUCCGAACGUCAGCACUGUUAUUCUUGGAGCUACGAAAGUAGAACAGAUCGAGGACAACGUCAAGGCUCUUAAGCUGGUCGAGAAGCUUACCCCCGAAGUUAUGGAGGAGAUUGAGAAGAUCCUUGAUAAUGCCCCUGCUCAUCCCCCGAAGCUUGGUCGCGAGAGAUGA